UCUUUUUUCUUCCUCGUUGCAGCUGAAACAUUAGACUUCCUACAAAUUGUUCAAGUAUUUUCCCUUUUUUAAUCUUAUUUGUCGUUUUAUUAUAUUGUUUGUAUUUUUUAAUGUGUAGGAAAACAUUACAUCACACUUAGUGAAAACUGAGCGCAAUAACUAUUUGCAUUUUGUUAGUAAAAUUGUGUGUUAUUAUAUCAGAAUUUUAUACUUUGGUUAUAUACCUGUUUUAGUAUGGUACCAGCAAAGCACCAGGAAAAUCUUGCAACGAUAUUUAUAAGCGAAGAUCGGAAAGCAGUCUUUCUGAUGGCAUUUACUGGAUAUCACUUGAGCAAGAAAACAGCAAUUACAAGAAUGUUUUUCCCGUAUUUUGUGACAUGAAAUCUGGAGGAUAUACAAUGGCUUUCAAGGUUGUUUCGGGAGGCAACCAAUUAACAAGUAUUGGUAAAUUUUGGAAGCAGACGUCACCUUCACAUGAAUCAAGUUUAGAAGCUCUUAACAAAUUUAAAUCAUUUAAGGGACUUUAUAAAAAUCGAAUUGUUAACCCAACUAAUUGGAACAAAGUAAAGCCCAGUGAGGUGUGUUUUGUGUUGUACAAAGAUGGCUUAGAACAACUGGUUUUAAAGUUCAAAAGUGAACAUAGCAGCUACAUGAACUGGUUUACAAAGCACAACCUCGUGCAAUCACCAUGGCAUGAUAUAACAUCGUCCACAUUUAACUACUUUACAAUCGUAGGACCUUGCUGGAGUGGAAGAUGUCGUGAUUUUCAUAUAAAUCACUUCUAUGGAGGAUGUCACAAGGAUGAUGGUUGGCUAAGCAUUGGAAACACUAUAGGAUGCGCCUGGGAAAAGCGAUUUUCAGGAACAUCAUUCAUUUACAGCAAGGUUGGACGACACGAGAAUUACAAUAAAUUCAGUGAAUUCUCUGGAGACUCCGAUGUUUUUGCUAUUUUCGUGCGAUGAAGGACGAUAUGAAUUUUAAAACACAAUUAUUGUGCACGUGUAUGAUGUGUUUCAGUGCUUAUUAAAAUAAAUUGCAUACUAUCCAAAUGUAGAUAGAGUCAUUCUAAAGACGGAUGCAGGAAUACUGCAAGGUUAGGGUUAAUAAGGGGGAUACAGGAAGAUACUAUUUGAAGGGUCUGAGACAGAACUUAACUCUCUUAAAUAAUUUGAAAACCAAAACUUUGUUUCGAUUUUCGUGUCGCCAUGUUCUCGGCCUAUAUGUGACAUUACGUUAUCAACGGUCGGGGGUAAUAUAGUUGCUCUCUCAUAUGCGCUAUUAACUAAUGUGUGUAUUCAUUAUUUAAUACCUUGUCAUAAUUAAUUUAAUAUUAGAAAUGCAAAUUCAAUGAUAUUAAUAAUAAACUAGAAAAAAUA